GCCAAUCCGGCACAGAACAACCUAGGUACCGCGUGGUCAAGUGGGCGCCAUUUCUCUUUCUUCAUAAGAAAAGCUCCUCAGUCCAUCAGAAACAUGUCAGACGUUGAAAAUGAUGAUGCCCCUUCUACGAUGGUAGCAGGGGGUGCAAUGGAAGUAAAUUCAGCCCUCCAAGAAGUUCUUAAAAAUGCUCUUAUUCAUGAUGGUGUUGUACAUGGUCUUCAUGAAGCAGCCAAAGCUUUGGACAAGAGACAAGCUAUGCUUUGUAUCUUAGCUGAAAAUUGCGAUGAACCCAUGUAUAAAAAACUGGUUCAAGCAUUAUGCAAUGAACAUCAAAUUCCAUUGAUUAGGGUAGACAAUAAUAAGAAAUUAGGAGAAUGGGCUGGUCUUUGCAAAAUUGACAGUGCUGGUAAAGCCAGAAAAGUUGUUGGAUGCUCGAGUGUUGUCAUAAAGGACUUUGGAGAGGAUACCCCUGCAAAGGAUGCUGUAAUGGAAUAUGUCAAACAAAGUUCUGUACACUGAGAUCUUGUAAUAAAACGUUCUACAUAA